GUCGUAUUGGUGCUCCUCGAUGCAGCGAAUGAGCUCGCUCACCUGCUGAUGGAAAGCUUGAGGUGAAGACAACAAAUGCGAUGCGCUGUCUGUUUACCUCGAUGUGCACAUCUUUGCUGUGGAGGGCUUCAGCAUACUAUCAGCCAAACACACAAACAGACAUGAGGACGAAUCAAGGUCAUGCAUUUGGUCUCGUUGAACAUCGCCUCCAAAGCUUGACGCUUCCUCUUCCUGCACACACACAUAUGCCACAAACACACAUACAUACAAUCGUCAGCCGACGGGUAACUAUGUGUGUGUACCGCCAUGUCUCGCACAACACCAAAUUGCAGCUUGCCGCCACGAGGUUGUCCUUGAUGCGCCCGCCACAUUUUGAGCUGCACACUCACCCACACGCACAUACACGUGGAGAAGCUUUCUGUCUGUGUGUGAUACAUACAAGCGUGUGGCCCUCCUCGGCUCCAAAGCGGUACAUCGCCUACAUCAUAAGCCAACAAAUAUAAAAUGUAGGCAACGAUUUGCCCGCUCGCCCCCGCCUCCCCUCCCGUCUUGGCCUUCUUCGCGGCCGGCUCGCCCCCUUCCUCCUCCUUCUUGUCCUCCUCCUUCUUGCCCAUGUGGGCCUGGCGGAUGUGCUGCAGGAACUUGUGGUAGCUGAACUUGCCCCACCCACCCCCGCUCAGCACUCUCCGCGCAGCCUUGUUCCUCACGCCGCAGCGCGUGCACUUGUAAUAGACCACCACCACGCUCUCCGGCUGCACAACACAUGAACAGCAGCAAUUUUUGAACAGAAGCCAGCAGCAUACAACACACAAAUACACGCCUACGUCUAUCUCUAUGCCAUUCAUGAUCUCGUUGGUCUUCGCCUCCCUGUCCCUCGGUGUCAU